CUCUCUCUCUCUCUCUCCCCCAUAGAGCGCAGCAUGAGCGCUCCGCAGCAAAAGGAUGUGUGAGCAGGCAGCGCGCUACUGUAGGGACGGAGUCCACAAACUGCUCAACAAAGAACAAGCCAAACUUCGAGCCCAAGAAAGCCGCGAGCAGCCGAAACCCAUAGCCGGUCAGGACAGCGAGUCCGCGACGGCAGCGCAGUCCGGAAACAGCGGCGCCCAGCCCGGUGGAAUCGACGGGCUCGUCCGCUGGAUCGUCACCAAGAUGAGCGACAACAAGAACAUCUCCAGCCGGGAGUACGCCUCCAGCAAGGAGGAGGUAGCCGUGGCCCAGGAGCAGUUCUUCACCCCGGAACCGCGGAGGGGCAUCUCCGUGAUUCUGGAUAUAUUCAGAAGAGCUGACAAAGAUGAUGACGGGAAGCUGUCUCUGGAUGAGUUCCAGGCUUUCUUCUCAGAUGGAACGCUGAACGAGGAGGAGCUGGAGAAGCUGUUUCACACCAUCGACUCUGAUAACACCAGUAAUGUUGACACUAAGGAACUCUGUGACUACUUUGCCAAGCACAUGGGAGACUACGAGGGAGUGCUGGCCUCCUUGGAAACACUUAAUCUUUCCAUCCUCAAAGCCAUGGACUUCACCAAGAAGGUUUACGAGAGGGGAACCAACGUGGAGCAGUUCGUGACCCGCUUCCUGCUGAAGGAAUCAGCCAAUCAGAUCCAGUCUCUGCUGAGCUCGGUGGAGAGCGCCGUAGACGCCAUCGACGAGCAGCACGGCCAGUCAGGUCAUCUACCUGCCAAGAUGAGUCCACGGACGGCUGAGAGGCGCAACAAGAACGCUGUCCCUGACUAUCCUCCCAACAACAGAGUCAGCACCAGGGAGGCUGUGAGGACCAUCAACACUGCCUCAGGUGCAGUGGAGGUGAGGAAAGAAGGUCUGGAAGCUCAGAUCAACCGCCUGGCUGAGCUAAUUGGACGACUGGAGAAUAAGACGGUCUGGUUUGAUCUGCACCAGAGGCUAACAGACACAGAUGGCACCACCAGCGCAUCCUUGCUGCUGAUCCGUCAGGAGAUGGUGGUCUCCCAGAAGAAGCUGGGCGAGUUCUGCGAGGCCCUGAAGCAGUACCUGAAGAACGUCUCUGCUCAGAAGGACUGCUUCCAUGUGACCGCGGUGCGUCUCCCGGACGGUUUAUCCUUUGUCGUCUAUGAGUUCUGGGACGGAGAGGAGGAGUGGAAGAGGCACCUCCAGUCGCCCCCCAACAAAGCCUUUCAGCACGUGAAGGUGGACACACUGUGCCAGCCGGAGGCCGUGUCCUCUGUAGCCGUGCCAGCCGCCUGGUGCAGCGUGAACAGGGACUGAGCAUGAAGACACUAAAACUACACAUCAAGACUCCUGGACUCCCUUCUCUUCCUCCGUCCCCCCCCCCCCCCUCUUUUAGUCAGUACAUGUUUACACGGUGCAGAGAAACGGUGUCGACUGCAGUGACGAGUUCAAAAAACAAAGUGAGAUUCCAAAAAACGCAUUCACAUUCAGUUUAUUAGUUUGACUCAAGGUUUGGGGUCAUUUCUCAUUGGAGUCUGUCAUGUAGCAAGGACCCCAGGAUUGAGUUUUUCAUGUAGCACCCGCUGAUUUGGAGAAAAAGGGAAUAUGUCACUUAACAGAUGUUACUGUUACUUAACAGCAGCUGCUAAUUUCACAUUCGCCCUCAGAACAAUGAAGAGGCUGAUCUGUCUGUUAAAAUCAGCCGUUGCACGGAUUUUACAAAUAUAUCAUAUCAAAAUAUAUAUAUAUAUAUGGGGAAAACUAUGAAACCAAUGGAAGCAAGUAACAUUGGCAAAAAUGUGUAAAAGGUUGAAUGUUUGAAACCCAGACACUUCACAGUCGCACAGGUUCAAGUGGUACAUUAUAGUUUAAUUAUUCAGGCUGAAGCUGAGGAUCACACAACAUAUCUGUCAUCUUUCAAAUGAAUGACUUCAUUAAACACAGUUGAGUCGUUUCAAAGAUUUGGUUCCUUCUCCAACACAACAAACAGCACAGAAAGCUCUGGUUCAGUGUAAAUCUGCUGAGAUAAACACAUUUCUGUUUCUUCACGUAGCUUUGGGUUCACAGAGAAAUCAACAGAUUGUUUUGCUGUCGAAGGAUAAAUUGUGACUUCGUUUCAGUUUUGCCUUCCGUUCAUGUUUUCCAUGUCUGAAUUGGCGAUAGGUAGCUAAUAGUUUGUAACUCUAGUAGAGACUGUACAUACAGAAAAUGUUCUAAUCUGAUUAUAUUUGUAUUUAUUAUCAUCUUUUAGUGCUAUGGUGCAAUUCUUUCCUUAGUGGAGGUGACAGUAGCUUAAUAGACGCUGCAGCUUCUCUUUACUGUUUGUUUGAUCUGAAUCCUAGCGUCAGAAACCAACGAUGCCCAUUGGAAUGACAGUCGAUAUAAAGCCUUAAACAUCACCACAUGCUGAGCUGGUGGCAUCACACCACGCAGCAGCAGUGUUGCAUUGGAAGGCGGUUUCACAGGCCACGUCAGGUGUUUCUACACUGGGCGCAUUAGGUGAGCAAUAUUUCUGUUACUGACUGUACUGAAGGACUGACAGGACAGAUCUUUAUCCCAAUAACAGAAUCCUCCACAGUCUGAUCACUGCAGGAUCAGGAGCAGGUUGGCUCUGAUCAGCUGCAUCAGUUCCAAACGUAGGCAUAGCUUUCAUUAAAACAUUCUGAUGAGCAUAUGAUGAUAACGUUUAAUGAAGGCACAGUCUUAGGUCCCUCUCUGUCAUCGUCGGCGACCCUCUCUCCAUUCCACCCAGUAUGAUGUGAAACCCGCACCCACUGCAUGUCAAACAGUAAAAAUGCUGUGAUGCUUCACAUUCUGACGGACAUGCUGGACACCGAUCAGCUCCACGUCUGCAUCUGUUUGGUCCAACGCUUCAUCCUGGGACAAACAAUCAGACUCUCAGUCAGAAAGCACAAUGUAAAAAAGGGGGGGGGGGUAUUGUGACUUGGUGACAGUAUAUUAGAGUUACUCUUUCCUUUUAGAGGUGUCGUCAUUCCAUCCGCCUCACUGUCUGUCCCCAGCGAGUGAGGCUCCAGUUCCUAAUACACGAGUCAAAUGGGCGCCCAACUUUACCACCACCGUCUCCUAGAGAGCAUUAAACAGGGCAGGACUGCAUGGACCUAUCUGUUAUAGCAUAUCCUGUAAAGAUCUCCAUGAACCCAUAAGCAGGUUCUCUGUGCUCGUACUGACGGAGCAGUGCUUUUAGGAGCGGGUCCCGGUUUUGUUUAACUCUGCAGCACCUUUAAUCCUCCAUUAAAAACUGACAAGGAGCUUCUGAAUAGACUUCUAAAGCCAUAUUGCAUGGUUCGAUGUUUACAUGUCAGUGACUUUACUAUACUGAGAGCCAUAGGUUUACAGUACUCAACAGCCCCCAAUGCAGCCUACAUUCUAGUCGAAGGCUCCUCUCCUGAACUGCGGGCCCUCGGUUGGGGUACUGUAGCGAGUGACCCGUCACAGAUGCCAACACUGUUUUCCUGUUGAUACAUUCCUGAACGUCCCUCCGACUGUGCGAGCUGUUCUUUUUUUCUACCCUCCGACUCUGCAGCGCAUAAAACGAAAGAGUUACGCCAUUAAAACGUAGCGACAGAAGCCUUACUUCACUGAGAAACAGGACAAACUGUGUGAUGAUGGUGCCACUUCAAAACACGCGCUCACGUGAAACUUAGCCAAUCAGGACUUUGCCAAAUUGACCCACAUGGAGGCAAUAACUCUCCCCCUUCUAUGGUUGUGUUUUUUCUAUCCUUCAGCCGAGUGCAUGUCAACUGAAUGUCCAGUAACUUCUUUGCUGUAGUAUUAGACCAGGCUACUCUUCAAUGGGUUUUGUGCAUUUCUUACCUUCUUUCUUUUCUAGUAUUCCUAUGAAGCAAACAGAGACUGAAAUCUAUUAUAUUAAAACAUAUGACUAGAAAAAAAAUGGCAUCCAUAUGGUAAACAUUCACUUUUAUGGUAAUGGUUAAUGAAAUAAUUAUUCUUAAUGUAUGUUUCAGUACAAUAGCUUUCUCUUCUUAAGUGUAGAGACUUAUUGCAGGGAUGCAAGUGUUACGUUUGGUCUUUCAAGAAUAUCUUGUUGAAAAUAUGAUGUAGAGUGAUGCAAUUCAAUAAAAGUAUUCAACUGA